AUGCCGCCCAAAGUACGCAUGGCUCGCGCUUCCAACCUCUCAUUUGACUCUGGUCCGCCCCCUCAGUAUAACCCUGAUGUCCCCGUCGCCGAUGGCCCGACGUUCCUCCAGCGCAAUAAGACCGAGCGUACGCGGCUACAAGGACUGGUAUCCACCAUGAAUCAUCUGGAGCCAAAUCCGGAGGGUAAGAUUGCCAGGGCGGUAGGCAUGGGAGAAAGGUUGAAAAUUUGGAUGGUCAAUGAAGGCGGAAGAAGGAUUUUCUUCUUCAUCUGGUUGUUUGUUCACGCUCUCGCAUUUGCCUUUGCCGUCGUCAACUACUCUCUCAAAGACAGCUUCUCCGGGGCCCGUGUAACCUUCCAGUGGACAUACCCUGCCGCUCGUGGUGCUGCUCAAGUCCUUCAUAUCGACAUUAUUUUCAUACUCUUCCCCGUAUGCAGAAACUUCAUAUCUAUGCUUCGAAGAACCCCUCUCAACGACAUUAUACCUUUCGACAAGAAUUUAACUUUCCACAAACAGGUGGCAUGGAUGAUUGUUCUGUUCACCUUCAUUCAUGUGGCCGCCCACAUCAGAAAUUUUGUAAGGAUUUUGACGACGAGGCGCAAAAUUGUUCUCACCAUAAACACCAACGUCGGUAUCGUCGGCUUCCUUGAGUUCAACUUCGUUACUGGUCCCGGUCUUACAGGAUGGGUUAUGACCAUCGCCUUAAUCGUCAUGGUCUGGUUCGCUAUGGAGAAGAGGAGGAGAGCACACUUUGAGAGGUUCUGGUACUCACAUCAUCUUUUCAUCUUCUUCUUCUUGGGCUGGCAGCUGCACGGGAUGUUCUGCCUGAUUCAACCUGACCGACCUCCAUUCUGUUCUGCUGGUCAGAUCGGUGUCUUCUGGAAAUACUGGCUUCCAGGUGGUUUGGUGUGGAUCUCGGAACGUAUCCUACGGGAAGUUCGAGCCCGACACGUCACGUACAUUUCGAAAGUCAUACAGCAUCCCUCCAAAGUCCUCGAGGUCCAAAUAAAAAAGGAACACACCACCCGACGGGCUGGUCAAUACAUAUUUCUCAACUGCCCCGAAGUCUCUUAUUGGCAAUACCAUCCCUUCACCCUCACCUCGGCCCCCGAGGAGGACUAUAUCUCCGUGCACAUCCGAUGUGUUGGUGACUGGACUACGGCUUUCGCCAAAUCCCUCGGUGCCAACUUUGACGCCAAGCCGAGUAAAAGUGAUGAGGCAAGUGGCAAGGUCGUCAGCCGGCCCAUCAACAAGGUACUUCCCCGUGUCAUGGUCGAUGGACCUUUCGGUUCCGCCAGUGAAGACUUCACAAAGUUCGAGACAGUUCUUCUUGCUGACCCAAUUGUCUCAGCCGGUAUUGGUGUUACACCUUUCGCUUCCAUUCUGAAAUCCAUCUGGUACAGAAUGAACAACUUUGGCAAAGAAGGCAAGACACGAUUGUCAAAGGUGUACUUUGUUUGGGUCAUUAGGGACUUUGAAUCUGCCGAAUGGUUUCACUCUCUGCUUCAGGCCGUCGAAGCUGAGGAUGUCGAGGGACGCAUCGAGAUCCACAUUUACUUGACGGCCAAGAUUGAGCGAGACAAGAUGAACAACUUGAUCAUCCAGGAUGUCGGCGCCGAGGAAGAUACCAUCACCAACCUGCGAGCUCCGACUCAUUUUGGUCGACCUAACUGGGACCGAGUCUUUGAAUCCAUUGCCAACAAGCACCCUGAUACCGAUUGUGGUGUCUUUUUCUGCGGUCCUUCAGUGCUCUCCAGAGCGCUGCAUCAGAUGAGUAAUAAGUAUACUUCGCCAAUGGGGUGUAGAUUCUUCUUUGGUAAAGAGAACUUUUGA